GUGUGCGCGCUUGAACCAGCGUCAUUUUGGCGGGAAAACGUAAUAGCCUUCAUCUCCCUACGAGUUUUAGCGAGAAUGUCGUAGAAACAAGUUUGUAAAUGUUAGCAGUUUUUUAUCAUUUUAUGAUCGGAAGGAAGCGUAACCUCCUUCAAUAGAAAUAACUGUACUUACUUUUCUGGUGGAAAAAGUACAGUGAGGCUUUUCUGUUGUUUAUUUUUUGAAAACAGGCGAAUAAAAAUUAAGUUAAAUCUCUUCCUAGUCCUCGAAUAUAAAAAUCUCUAUUAACCUCGUUUGCACUCCCUAUAAAAAGAAUAAUUGACCGUAGCGUCAACAGUCAUAGCGGUUAUUUCGUUGCAGAUAAAAGAUUGUUCCAAAGUCGGUUCCUUCUGUAAGUACCGAGGCACAAUUUACGUACAACAAAAUAAACAAUACAACCAAACAAUAAAGCCCCCAGGAGAACUCUAUUGUCUGGUUCCUUUGUUUCUUUUGUGAGGACGGUAUCUGUACAGACCCCCAAAAUCUUUGUCUUCUUUGAUUUAUACCCACCUUUUCUCUUGCCAUUGGUUAUAGCAUUGACAAGGAAACCCCAAAAUGAACUUCUCUUUUCUACAAAGUCGUAUAGCCGGGUGAUAUUUUAUUAAAGUUGUCCUUGAUUUUAUAUAUUUACUUUUUUCAGACGCCAUAGUGAACUGCGUUCAGAGUCGGAUCGCAAGGUAGCCUCGUUAGAAGCUCGCCUUGAAGCGACGAUACGGAAAUACGAAACACAAAUGCACACUUUACAAACGGAGAACGAACGACUGAGGAGCCAUGCAACUCCAUUAACUAACGGUAAAAUUAAGCUCAGCCUAUGUUUACACUACACUGGAUAUACAGUAAAAACCCGCAAGUAAGAACCUACAUUUUCUGGAGUUAGCCUAAACAGGUUUAUUUUUAUUUAUUUUUAUUUUAUUUUAUUUGCCACACUAAUUACAAAAAAUAUAGGAAAAGAAGAAAAAAAAAAAAAGAAGUGGCGAGGAGACCUAACAGAAACUAUAGGAGCUUAUGAGAGGUUAGGCCUCCUCGAACUAUGAGCUAGAGCUGUUUCACAUCAAUUGAAGAGAAGAAGGCGAAAAGUCGAAGAUGGAAAGAUUUAUAAACUGUUUUCAUACUUACUCAAUAAUUUAAUCUUCAGUUUUUUCUUAAAAGAGGAGAGGGAUUGAGAGUUGAUGAUCUUGUUGUCAAGUGAAUUAAAAAACUUCUUAUUUAAAUGGUAGUUAACACAAUUUUAGGCUAUUUAGGUUCUUAAAUAGGUUCUUAUUUCUGUAAAAAAAAAUUAAAUAAAAAACAAGCUACAAAACAAGAUGGUAAUCAGCCUACUGGUCAAUUUCAAAAUGCGAUACAACGAUAUUAACGUUUUGCACUUUAUUUUUUUAUUACAUCAAUAAAUUAGCACUUUUAUUUGCACAGCAAUGCCAAGUUCCUAAUUCUCCAAACAGGAUUCUUGCACAGUUUUGCAGCUGCAUUUCAAUAAUAUGAUUUUAAAAAAUAAGAACCUGUUUUUCAUUUUCUAGGCUAAACAGGUUCUUGUUUAUAGGGGAUAUAAAUGGCAAAUCUUAGGCUAACAGGUUCUUAAUUUUCAUGUUCUUACUCGCGGGUUUUUACUGUAUAGUUUUUAAGGCGACACGAAAGGCUCUCGCGUAUAGCAUGAAUAGCAACGACACAGAACUAGCUCCGCUUCAUACACAGACUACGCGCAGUCUCUCUUUUUUCUUGGUCCAUCGACCAUGAAGAACGAGUCACUCAAAUAACCACGCGCGUGACUGAAGGCGCGAGACGGGAGAGGCCCUCGUUCUCGCUUCUCACCGCCUCGCCGCUCGACGCUCGCGGCGCAUGCACUCUCCUCGCUAAAUCUAAAGAAAAAGAGAGACUGCUCGCAGUCUAUCACACACAUAGCGGUUGGCUGAAUAUUUACUUCCGCGUCUGUGGGUCUUACGUAAUCACACUGCACCUAAGUGUGGCACAGAAACUAUACGGCAUGUGCCGCUCCGCUUUCGCUCCGUUACAGAAAUCGCUCCCAAAUCUCUGUUGUUAUGUUUGAACAGAAGCUCUAUCCAGUAUGGUUUUCGUGCUGGCGUAAGAGGUAUUCGAAAAACGGGGUACAUAACCUCGUUGUAUCUUAUGAAAGUAGCUUACCUCAGGUUCCAGAGUAACAAUUAAGGCUCAGCUCAAUGUCAUUUUUAAGGUCUCUCUUCUUUUACAUUCGAGAACUUUUGACGGGGUAAAUUGAACAGUUUGAGUCAAAAUUAGUGGUUUUCUCAUUGGGUAAACUGUGGCCAUGGCAACCCGUUGUGUCAAGAAAACAUAUAGAACUUAUUUAGAAAGUAUAAAGAGAUUGUUAGAUUGCAUUUUUGUAUAAUCUUGCCUGAAAUUCAACAAUCUAGAGCGCUCACUGCUCAAAGGUGAAAUAUUUCAAAUUUUAGUCGUUAUGAAAGAGCGUGAAUAGAGCGUGAAUGGUUCGAGAAUAGAAAAAGUCUUUUCGACCUUUUUACUUGCUUUAUGGCCCCACAAUUAUGGUGCUUUCCAUUGCCACUCACUGGAACUUUAAUUUGUCCAUUCCAGGAGCUCCUCAGCCCGUGAUAUCCUCCACAAGCAAGGUCCUACCUGAGUAUGUUCCCAGAAGAGCCGUGGAUAUGAGUCACACGAGCGCCAGCAGUGGAUAUACGGAUACUGAGGCGCUAAUGUACGCUGACCUCGCUGCGGGCCCAGCUCCAUCUGAUUCUGAGGUAGGUUCGCACACUGACAGCAUAUUGACGUUAUGUAUGCAUGAUAGUGUAAAGUAUAUUUAUUCAGCUCCUAUUAAUUUCUAUUUUAAACAGAGGUCUGUUACACCAGUUGGUGCAAGGCGCUCCUCAAUCACGUCUGAUUUUUUGGCUGAAGAAAACCGACGGGAAAAAGAAUUGGAGCGACUUCUAGAUAGAAGAAUAGCGGACUUAAAGACCAAUACUGACUAUAUUAUACAGAAGUAUAGAUGACAUAAUCGCGUGUUAGUCUAAGAAGCGAUUUCCCUGUCCACAUGCAGUAACUGAAGAACUGGGACCCUUCCUUUUUCCCGUCUUCAAACGUUGCAUGACUUGGUUUCGCAUUGAAGUAGUAAUUGUAGUUUAUCAGUUGGGUGCGGCAGUAAAAAUACGAUUGAAAGCAAGCCGUGUUCCUUCCAUGUAGAAACACAAAGUUUGCUGUGCUAAAGGUGUUGACAUGACUGACAUUUAAACUCCGCGCUACUGCCGUGCUAGAGUCGCUUGUGAUAGCUCUACACGGCGAUAGUACAGGUUUAAGAAUAACAAGGCAGUACCUCGCAAAAAACUGGGAUGUAAUUUAAAGUUUAACAGUCAAAGUCCAAAUGUUUGUGUCAGUGAAAUAAGCCUUAUUUAUUUGUUGUGCAUAUUUAUUUUCAACGAAGUGUGAGGAGCAUCAAAUAGAAACAAAUCUAGAACCAGGUUACAACAAUACAGGCCAUAAUGACAGAUCUGGUCGGUGCUACCAAAAAUUAAGGAGUUUGUACAAAAGUCGUAUUUUGAUCGCAUGCAUCAGUGUGUUAGGGUUAAAUGUUCAGCUGAAUGUUGUCGAGAACUUCUGUAAGUUAGUAUAGCUAUUAUAUAACGUAGUGUGUGAGUACGAUUUCGAGAAGAGCAAUGUAAAAUUCUUUGAUAUUUCUCGGGUAAUUUUACAUAAAAGAGCAGUCAAGUACAUGGUCCUCCCUUGUCAGAACCGAACAAUGGACUACCGAUAACUUAAAUCCAAGAUUCGCUGUCUGUUUAAAUGUUUGGACCGAAAGCUGCAGUUUUCCCUACUGAAGUUAAACUCGUUUUUCGGCUGUUUUGUGCUUCCCUUCUCGGUUUAUUUUAUUGGGAUUCAAACGCAAAUUUUAAAUAUAGUAUUUUAUAUUCGAAAAGUAACUCAAUAGUGAACCAACAGGUACUAGUAUUAUGUUUUACAUUUAAUAUAUUGAAAGGACGAGUGUUGUUUGUGGAUAUUUUUGUUCCUUGUAAAAUUGGUAAUUUAUUCAACAAUGUAUAUGGAUAUUGGAUUAAUAUAUGCUUGGUUUUAAGGGUACACAUGUUACUUUAGUGAUCGAAUGAGGCGUGGAUGUGAACGUUUCCUCCACCAACUCAACUGUAGAAAAUGUAAUUAGGUAGACGUGAAAAUGAAGCAGCAAAUUAGGCUUUAGUCAGAAAAGUGACUAUCAGUGACGGC